AUGGGGAAAGCCUUCUUCAGCUUCCUGCCCAGACAAGAACUCAGGAAACCUUUAGAACUCCAAGAUAAUCCUGAAACCACAUUGCUUCUCAGUCUGCUUUCUCCUGUACCUAUACCAGGCGAAGGGUCGUCCCGGGAGGCUGGCAAGCGGAUUAAGGAAAACAUAGAACCAUUGGACAUCACAUUUACAAGCGGGACUCCUACUAAGUCUCCAAUCCCUGAGACUCUUUCAGGCACUGAUACCUUUAGCUCUUCAAAUAACCACGAGAAACUGUCCUGUAAUGUUAGACUAACACGGACUUCUAACAGAAAGAAGCAAUUGACCAGUUUUGUAGAAGAGAAUGUUUGCCACUUGCUUAAUACAGAAACUCAGCCUUGUAAAGAAAAAAAAAUUGAUUGGAGAAAGCCACAGGAAAGCAAGCACACAAGCAGAGCACUCCCUAAAAAGAGCCGGGUUACUGUAAAGAGUUGCAGAAAGAAGAAAGGAAGGGGAAAGAAGGGUGUUCAGAAAUCUUUAUAUGGGAAGAGAGACAUUGCUUCUAAGAAGCCGCUGCUAAGUCCGAUUCCUGACCUGCCUGAGGUCUCUGAGACGACGCCCUCCGCUCCAGGCCCCUGGACGAUGUGGUCAGAUGAUUUCAACUCAAAUGAUAAAUUUGAAGAAAUGAAGCUUCCUAAAAAUCCUGUUACAAGAGAGAACCUUUUGCCUCAGACCCCAAAAGAUUUGCAUAUGAAUCAAAGCCUUAAUAAAUGUGAUAUGUCUGAAUUCUACCGCUCUUACAUGAAAAAUCCCUCAUCAUUUUGUGCAAAUACCAUGGACAUUAGUAAAAUUAAAAAUGCUCCAAAAGUAGAAAAUAAUUUGAAAAGUGAAAUGGAAUUGAACACUGGGAAUGAAAAUGAAAUUAGUCAUACUUACUGUUCAUCUGUAACUGAAGCACAUGUUAUGUCAGAUAAUUCCAAGCCUGAUCUUUUCCUACAGUGCCAAGAACUUUCUGCUUCUGGUCAAAAUGCAGAAAGUCUUUGUUGAGUCUUUAAAAUUCCAGAAGACAUAAAGUGUGAAAAACAGGAUGACAUCCUAGUAGCCACAAAGGGAAAACCACAAUGCAAUCACUUCAUGUCUGACUCACAAACUGAAUAUAACUAUGUGGAAAAUGUCUUAAUUGAAAAUCAAAAAUGUGAAAGCUCAGGAGAGGAUGUGGGAAAAGAAAUCACGGAGCACAGCAGUGUAACAACUUGCAGCUCAAGGAAACAGAGAAGGCGCUCGGCGCAUUGUUCCCACCAUCAGAGUUUACCUUUGGAAGGAAACAGCAAUUACAAGUCACCAGACAGCAGCGACAGCUCUGUAGGGAUCAGUAUAGAAAAUUCCGAGCUGUAUGAAGAUUUAUCAAACGCCAUAGAGCAAAGCUUUCAGAGAACAAAUGCUGACAUAAAGUUGCGACGCAGCACAUGGCUGCAGAAAGAUUCAGGAAAGAAUGAAGGGCUUGUGUGGAUUUCUGUUCCUCUCGCUUCCCAAAAAACCAGAAGGAGAACAGUCUACAUGGCUGACAGCAGAGGGCUGGAAGAUAGGUCUCCCAGAAGAGAAACUGUAUCCCCUGGCUGGGGCAGUGAGAACCCCCAGGGCCCAGCUGCCAGUUCUUCUAACCCACCUGAGAAGAGGAGGAGAAGGAGCUUUUGUGCAUCCACAGUGGCAAAUACCGAAACUCCUGGCCAGCCUACACGCUGCCGAAGAAGCACCUUCCUCAGGAAAGGCAAAGGCGCUCUCACUGGCCUGGAACAGGUUGGGCCCAGUGGAGAACUGAAGCAGUAAUGGACACUUCCUGCG